UUAAAAAAAAAAUUAAACAAAAAAAAAACACCCCAAUUUACAUUAACUGAACUUUACAACAAUUACUAAUUUAUACUUCCUAUCACAGAUUCUUAUUUGUUUUCGCCCACUAGUAGCGAACUGCGAUACCUUUACAAACUACCAACUGCCACUCUUCUACAAUUGAACAUCAUUUAAACAAGUAAGCAAUUGCUUUUUCAAUUGUCAAGCUUGUUUUAAGAUAGUUUAAUAGAGGUAAUUGAUUCAAAUUCCAACCGUACUUUUCUUUUUAUCAUUUUGUCUUACUUUCUGUUCUCGGCUGUCUUCUCUUGUUUCCUUACGAGCAAUUGCUAUAAAAUUCUGUAUUCUAUUUUAUUACGACCGUUAAUUAUCCCUUUGGAAUGCUUUAAGUUAGGUUUUGGCGCCGGUUAUCUGUUUAUUUUAUGUGCAUCUUUGCAUCAACAUUUGACAGCCUUUGCAAUUAAAAAAGAAUUUGGCUAUGGAACUGAUGUCUCACAUAUUAGAACGAUAUCUUCGCAUGUUCCCCACAAAUCAUGAACCCAGUGGUACUUUCAUUUGGAGUCUUGGGCAUUCUUAUGCUACGGAGACUGGAAAAUGGCCAGAAGCAUUCGUGCAAGAUACGUAUGACCUUUUGAGUUUAACUUAUCGAAAAUGCAUUGCCGGAAUGGAAUGCUUCUCCUCUGAUGCUGGAUGGGGGUGCAUGAUACGGUCCAUGCAAACCAUGCUAGCAAAUUGUUUACGACGUGUUCAACCUUCUCUCCCUGUACACAAGAUUUUGCAUUACUUCGCUGACGAAGCAAAUGCGUAUCUAUCUCUUCAUCAGUUUGUUGACGCAGGCCAUACGCUCUGCAAUAUCACCCCAGGGAACUGGUUUGGUCCUGCCACUGUGAGCCAUUGCGCAGCCCAUCUAUGCUCCACCCAUCCGCAGGUCGGAUUGAAUGUAUGUGUUUCUCAUGAUGGCGCUAUAAUGUAUCGCGAUCAGCUGAGAAAUACGCCUUAUCCACGAUUAUUACUGUUCACUCUAAGGCUUGGUAUUGAUACAAUUCAUACGUCUUACUAUGAACAAUUAUGCCACGUUCUAACAAUCCCACAAGCUAUAGGAAUCGUGGGGGGUCGACCGCGUGCAGCACAUUACUUUUAUGCUUGUCAAUCCCAAUGGUUUUUCUAUUUGGAUCCACAUACAACACAAACUGCUCACACAUUUGACAAUCCUGCUCCGAAUUCUUCAUUUCAUGUAACAACUCUCCGGAGGUUACGCAUAAAUGAAUUAGAUCCAUGUAUGGUCCUUGGUUUCGCCAUAACUUCAGAGGAAUGUCAAACUGACUUCGAGCAACGUAUCGUUAAGCUCGACAAGCUUGUUCACAUUGCCGAUACAAUGCCUGACAAUGACAGCGUUGAUGAAGAUUCAGUUUGGGAAUUUUGAGCGUAUGUCAGGGUACAUUCCUAAAUGGUUGCCUUUAAAUGGUGAUUCUUUUGCUUCCGUUUAAGUACCUUCUAUAAAGAACAGUUGUAAGUCUAUUUUAUGAAACAGUUUAUGAAUGAUUGAUACGGGGCCAUAAUGUUAAU